AUGCUUCCAUGCAACCCAACAGUUCCAUCUCAACACUACACCGCAGAGGCGUGUUUCGCGUGCAAGACCAAGAAGCGCAAAUGCGACAAACAAUUCCCCGCUUGCUCGCGGUGCCGGAGAGUGGACCAGGAGUGCUUGUAUGGAAUCGCUGCCGAUGGCGUCUAUGGCAAAAUUGUUCCGGUGACAGAUAAGGGUCCGGGCAGGGCGAGUCCGAACCAUCCCUCCUUGAGCCUGGAAAAGCCUUCUCCGCCUACAUCCGAGUGGGGGUCCUGCCGCCGGUGCAACAGACUGAAGAAGCAAUGCGACAAGGCACUCCCAUCCUGUUCAAGGUGCACAAGACUCGGUGCCGUCUGUGUCUACGACAGGCUGCAGCGACGCCGCCUAUUCAGCUCGCAGCACGUCUUCUCUCUCGAUGCACCCUCGAUGAGCCUCGUCCCGCUGAGACUGUCCUAUCCAGUCGAGUCAAAGUCGUACAUUCCAUCCCUUGUUCACUCAUUUCAAGAGCGCAUGGGCCUUUCAACACUGGUCGUCGAAACCGACAGCCUUGCCCACCACCUACGCUCCUCAUGGAUCCGGCACGCGAUGGUCGAUCCAUGUUUGAUGCACGCCACGCUGUACGCAGCCUCGGCGCACCUAGAUACACUGCGCGAUACAGCGGCCGGCAGCCCGGUGGUGAACUCGAUCACCCUUUACCACCAAACGGAGACCAUCGCCGCCGUCAACAAGCGAGUAGCGUCUGGAAAUGUCCUGGACGAUGCAACUAUUGCCUCUGUCCUCCUCCUCGUUAUCACUGGGUCCCUGCAGAAGGACAACGGUGCGACGGAGGCCCAUCGCCAUGGGUUGCUCCACAUGGUCAGCAUGAGGGGAGGACUGGAGAAGCUGGGGUUUGAUGGGUUUUUAGCGCGUAUGAUCCGGAUGAAUAUGGUCCUUCCGGCGGUUGUCUUCGACCAGCUGGAUGGCUUCGUCGUGGAUGGCAUGUACUCACCGGCAGCAUGGAGUAAACUCCCUGGACUGACUCUGGAGCGGCUCGGACAAAGCACAAGCGGCAGUCCGGCUGUCAAGUUCCACAUGACGGCGAUCUUCGCGCAUGUCUGGGAACUGCUUCUGGCGGUUGACUGCGGGGAAGACGCGACCGGCCAGUACCUAUUCGAUUUUGCGACGGCGCGCUUCAUCCUCGAUGGUGAAUGGCCGUGGCAUGAAACCCUACCCGACAUGUCCAGACCUGAAACCGCCAUGGUGCGGGCAUGUCAGGUCUCCUUGCGCAUACUCCGAUAUCUCCUCGAUGACCGGCUACUGCCACCCCAAUGGACCGAACAACUCGUUCCAAUGGUUGAGGAGAUGAAGUCGCACAUCACAGCGACCGACUCAGCGACCUGGCUUUGGUACGCUCCACAUGCGAAUCUCUGGGUUACAACCCUUGGCCUGGCCGUGUCGGAGGAUGUUCAAGGGAGGCUCUGGUUCCUUAUGCAUGAGCGAUGUGUUGUCAUGUCUAUGAAAGCCACGCAGCCGGCGCCGCACGAGAUGGUGUGGGCUUGUUAUAGAUGGUUGAGGCAGCUCAUACGGGCGCGCGCUACGGUAUUGUCUGCGCCGGUGUAG